CGCUGGAGCCUGGCCGCGCGGCGGUUGUGAGGUCCCGCCCCGUCCCGCCCGGCUGAGCCCAAGCGGGAGCCAUGUCCGACCCGGCGGUGUGCUGCUUCCUCACCAAGGUGCUGUGCGCCCACGGCGGACGGCUGACGCUGCCGCAGCUCCGGCAGCACAUCGACCUUUCGGCGCAGGAGCUGGAGCGGACGCUGUCGGCGGCGGGCCCCCACCGGUUCCUGAUGCCGCAGGACGGCGGCGGAGGCGUCCUGGCCGUGUCGGCCGUGCGCCUCUGCGUCCGCAAGGAGUGCACGGGCUGCGACCGGCUGCACCUCUGCAAGCUGCACCUCAUGGGCAGGUGCAACCUGGGGCCCAGGUCUUGUAAGUACUCGCACGACAUCAUCAGUGCUGAGAACAGAAAAGUUCUAAAGACCCAUGAGUUAUCUGGCCUUGAGGAGAAUGAGCUGCGAGUCCUCCUCCUCCAAAAUGAUCCUUUCCUCCUCCCUGAUGUCUGCCAGUUUUACAACAGAAAGGGUGGUGUCUGCAACCAGCAAAACUACUGCAACAAGCUUCAUAUUUGUCGACACUUUCUCCAAGGGGAAUGUAGAUUUUUGUUAUGCAAGAGGUCCCAUAACCUCUUAGAUACCGAUGCAUUGAGAGUGUUGAAAACUGGAGGCAUUGAUGCAGACAUAGCUUCAAACAUCCAGACUAUAUGUGAUCACAAGCAUGUGGAAUUCAACGAGGAACUGAAGAAGGGGAGAAGUGCACACAACCACAAACCAAGAGAUAACUUACUGAAAAAACCAGCAGUUGCAAGGAGUAAAGAACUGAAGAUACCUUCACAAACAGUGGACUCCACACUGCAUGUGCCACCUUUAGAAGGUUCCAAUAGCAAUGUGGUCAGACCUGGUCAGAGCCAACAGCAGUUGCCAGCAGGAACUGGAAGUAAAGACAAAGGUAAAAAAGACAGUUCCUCUGUUAAAGCUUCAAAGGAUGACAAAGAAGAGAAGCACGAUGACAUAUGUGUGUUCUAUGUCUGGAAGUACUGCAAACAUAAAGAUAAAUGCAGAUUUGUUCAUUAUCAUUUGCCAUAUCGAUGGCAGGUAUAUGAUGGAAUCGCCUGGAAUGACCUUUCCAUGAUGGAGGAAAUUGAAAAGGCCUAUUGUGACCCAAAAAUCCUCAGCAUAGCAGCUAAGAACAUUAGCUUCCAGGCAAUGACCUGCUGCUCUUCUUUGCUUCGACGCCUGUCCACACCAUCGUCAGUCACAAAACCCACAUUUGUAUUGACCACACAGUGGAUUUGGUAUUGGAAGAAUGAUCAAGGCCAGUGGAUUCAAUAUGGAGAACAGGGAGAAGGGGAUAGUGUGAACUCGCCAUCUUCUGCUGUGAUUGAGAAUUUGUAUCUAGCAGAUCCAGAUUCCACCAUAUAUUUCCAGGCUGGCUCACAUCAUUACCAGCUCAAUUUUAAAGACAUGACCCAGACAAACAUCUCAUUUAAAACUCAAAGACAGGUCCGCAGACGACCAAAGUUUGUGUCUUCUGAAGAUGUGCAGAAGAUAAAGAAAGGCCAGAAGGAUUCUUCUAUUCCAAAUCAAGUCUGUCCUGUCCAUUGGGAUCAGUCUGCGCUGCCUGACUUGGGAUACAAGGCAGUGGACAUCAGUAAUACAACCUCUGAAUACAACGGAAUAAAGCAGCUGUUUCAUCAGACUAUGAAAAACUACACUAUCCUUAAAAUACAGAGGAUUCAGAAUCCAUCGCUCUGGAAAGUGUUUCAGUGGCAAAAGGAGCACAUGAAAAGAGAGAAUGGAGGGAAGGAUGUAAAUGAAAGGCUGCUGUUCCAUGGGACCAAGGUCUCCUUCGUGAAAGCCAUCUGCGUUCACAAUUUUGACUGGAGAAUUUGUGGAAGCAAUGGAACUAGCUAUGGAAAGGGAAGUUACUUUGCUAGAGAUGCUUCCUAUUCCCAUGCAUACUGUCAGUCUGCGGUGAAAACAACCAACAUCAUGUUCGUGGCUCGUGUAUUGGUUGGAGAUUAUGUUAAAGGCAAUGCAACCUACGUUCGCCCCCCAGCAAAGUCUGUUGACGGACUUCGGUUUUAUGAUAGCUGUGUGGACAAUGAGUUAAAUCCCUCCAUUUUUGUUGUCUUUGAAAAAUACCAGAUUUACCCAGAGUAUGUAAUAGAGUAUAAGGAGGAAGAAAAAAACUGUGUUUUAUCUUAGAGGGAUCCAAGCAGUUUGUAUCUCUCAUCUUCUUGUCCAUGCUCUGACUUCUUUCUUUUUAAUAGAAUCAUUUGGAAAGUUAAUCCAAAGAAUUUCUGUAUUGAGGAGGGCCGGCAAAAUAGAUGUUACAUUUGUUGAGACUAAUUGCGUUCUCUUCUCUUCCUCUUAAAUGAAGCGUAGACAUCUGGAUAACCAUAGCAGAAAAAUCAGAAUUGUGGGAUAGGAAAUGAAAUGUUACAACUUUGGUGGGCAAAUAAUUGUAAAUGCUUUUUCUUAGAAAUAGAGUAGAGAGGAUUUCUCUUUGCAAACAGUUCAGAUAAAAGAAAAACCUAUAGCACAGUAGGUUUUAAGGAAGCUGUCAGGUUUUUAGUAGCCAAAGAUUCUUUUCAGUGCGGAAUAUGGCUGUUCUUGAUCCUCUUGUCUAUCACAAUUCUACACAAGUCAGCAUAUGUAAGAAUAACUUGGCUUUGUUUUCAAAGCUUGUUUGUUAACGCUCAUACUAGUUUCAAGUUUAAGAUGGUGUAACAAAAAAAAUGAAGCGUAUUUUAAAUCUAUGUCGUAAGUUCUCAAGUGGAAAGGUUUCAUCUGUACCAUGGCAGCUACUGUUUGGAUCAGAAAAUUGUUGGACCAAGGUGUUUUUGCAGAUCUGCUGCAACUUGUUGUGUGACCUAUACGUAAAUGGAGCCUGAGUGAAAUUGUCUAAGUCACAGCCUAGGAAUAUGCAGUACUAGAUGUGGUGGUUUGGCUGCAACUAAUGGCUGUAAGAGUAUAAAGGCCGUGUCACAAUAAGGCAGACUUUCAAGUCAAUGUGGCCACGUGUUUUCUCAAUGUGAACAUUUGCUUAGCAAAUGUGGUAGGACAGGAAAAAAAGAAGCAUUGAUAUUUUCUGUCCUACUUGUAUAUGUUAAUUUUCGUUUUUCCAGAAAUACGACGUGACUGGAAGAGACUGGAAGAGACCAGUUAUGUUCUCUCAAGGCCAGUGGUAGAACUGCUGUCCUAAGACACUUCGUAUAUGCGUUUUGUUGCCCACAUUGCAUUGGGCAACUUGCUGAGAACUCACUGACAAGUGUAGUUCCUUUUUGUGCUUUGAGGUGGCUGGGGGUGAUCCUAGUACUGCUUCCCUGAGUCUGCUUUUGACAAACUUCCUUUGUCUCUGUCAGUGAUGUGCAACCCUACUAACAGUGAUUAAGCCCUUUUCUUAUUAAGUUACAUACGUUUUAUUGUCCCCAAAAGAAAAUACAGAAGCUCACAUACAGCUUCUACUGAGUUUUAAUCAGGAGUUUGUAAGUUAAUCAAACUGAAGACCCUCUGUACCAGGAUGUCUUAUUCAGGCAGUCUAGCUGUUAAGAGGGAGAGCGUUGCUGAGGGUAGAGCAGCAGUAAUUUUUGCUGUCAGAUAUGCUUCAAAGUAACACAAACAGCCUCCCAGUUAUUUGCAUCUAAUCUGUCAAACCACAUGUACUAUUUGAAGUUUAUAAGUUACGAAGAUGACGGGGAAAUAUAUAAAACUGGGAAAUCUUACUAAAAUGACUGUCUUAGAAUGAAAUGCAGACAUGCAUCAGUAAUGCAUUAAAAGGGGAAGAUUUUAGCAGUUCUUAAACUCUCUCUUACUCAUUUGCCUGUAGAGUUCCUGAAUCAUUCGAGUUUUGCUAUAUUUGCAAAUAAAAUGUUUUCACUCA